AUGCUUAUUCCUGGAUGUGGAAAACAACACCAUCCUAUGCUUCAUCCUGUUGAACUUAAUCGAGACAACAACGUCCAAGCUCCGGUCAAGACAGAUAACGAGGAAAUCCAAGGACAGACAACCAGUUCUUUGCCCGUCCAAUUCCAGAAUGCUCAGACAGGACACUGUGGAGCAACCGGAACUAUAAAGAAACAAGUUUGCUUGAGAAUCGUUCCUGUUAAAGUGUUUGGAAGAGACAAUGGUAUCGAAAAGGUCACAUAUGCAAUAAGAGAUGAAGGAUCGAAUACAACGCUAGUAAAGGAGAGCCUAGCUAACAAGUUAAAAUUGAAGGGGCAGCCGAUAGAUUUUCAGUUGACUACUAUGAAUGGAGUCUCCCAAGAAUCUGGCAGAUCUCAUUUCUUCUAUGUGCAAGGCAUGGGACAGAAAGAUUGUUUAGAAAUUCCAAAUGCACUUUCAGUCAAAGAUUUGUCGGUCGCUGCAAGCUGUAUCCCGAACGAACAAGAUAUAGCCAGUGGAAACAUUUUGAUGGAAUCUCUGUGCCAGAACUGGAAAGUUCGGAGGUCACAAUUCUAA